AUUCCUACCACCCUUGUGACUCUACUUCAAGAGCUAGCAAGCAUAUUCAUUCCCAAUAUUCACUAACACACAUGAUAUCGCUUGUGCUGUCGUGAAUGGUGAUUUAAGAUGAAUUCUUUAGAUCACAUGUUAACAGACCCACUGGAGUCUGGAAUGGACCGUGAUGGACGUGUAAUGGAGGAGUGCAUGUUGGGGAACUGUAGAGUUCGGGUUCCCGAGGAUCUACUUGAGGAUCCAGAGAUUUUCUUCUCUGUGAUGAGUGAGAGCACAUGGACAGAUGUUCUGACAGAUGCUCAACGGACACAUCUUCGUCAACUCCUGCCCCAGUUCUCCGAGAAUAGCACCUCAGAGCAGGACAGCAUCAUCAGUGACCUGUUUAACAACCAGAAUUUCUUCUUUGGAAACCCUUUGCACAUUGCCCAGAAACUCUUCAGAGAUGGUUUCUUCAACCCAGAGGUGGUCAAGUACAGACAACUUUGUGCCAGUUCUCAAAAAAAAAGACACAUCUACUCCCUUCAGCAGUACUACCACAAAUUACUAAAGCAGAUCCUGGUUUCCAGAAAGGAUUUGUUGGAUUUGGCAGCACGUGGUGGACCUGAGCUGGCGGUAAAACGGCGGUAUCCUGCCCCCUCUCACAAGGAGAUGCUGGAGCAGAGGGUCAGACGUCGAGUGGGUCACAUAAUGACAGAGGUUAAGACAGAGUGUGGUGACAGUAAUGUGUCAUCUGAUGAAGAUGCAGAUACACCCUCUUGGUUGCCUGUCCCUCAGUCACCCUCCUCCUCAACGUCAACUGUCUCUCUCAGGGUGCUACCGAGCCUCUCCACUCAGGACAUGAAAAUCAGAGACAAGCCUGAGCUGGGUGAAAAGGAGCUCAGAGGAAUGCUGCACAGACACAAAGAGAAGAGAAAACGACAACCAGAUCACCCUGACCUCAUGACCUCCGACCUCCAUCUUGGUGAUAUCAUGUCACGAGUCAAUAUUGGAAGAAAAGGAUCCAUUACGACAGUCUUUGACCUCGCACUGCCUAAGAAGAAAAUGAGGGAGGAGAGGCGGAAGAAAAAGAUGCGGCCCAUUAAAAUGGAACCGGAGGAGGUCUGUGAGGUUCAGAUAUCAGCAGCUUCCAUGAACUCGGGGCUUACUGAAACCCCCACUGCUCCUACACAAUGUGUUAAAGAAGAGCCAAUGGAUGAGUCCCAGAACAGCCCUGACACAGUGGAGGAGAUUGCCAUCAGCUUUUUUCAUUUGCUUGAAGACAUCCUCAGGCUUGAAGGCCUAGCGACAUGCUCUGUGAUGGAGGAGAAAGUCCAGCAGUGGCAGUCAUCCCCAGCCAGCACACUCAACUCCUGGUUCUCUAUGGCCCUCUGCUGGUCAGAGUUGGUCAUGCCUGCUCUACAGUUUUUAGCUGGAGAAAGCAAAUCUGGUGUGUUUGCUCUGCCCAGUGGUUUCACACCUUUAGUGGAAUUCAUAGAACUCUCCCAGCAAUGGAAAUGGUUGGGCCCAAGUCAGGAUGGAGACAAAGAUCUGAGUGCCUUGUGCCAGUUGUGGCUGGAAUCAAAGGAUCACAUGGUCAUCAAGCAGGAGGGGGAGGAAACUGCAGAACUGACUCCUCCAACUCCAAGAGUUUGGACAGACUAUGUGGUGAGGCCUAGUACAGGAGAAGAAAGGCAUGUUUUUCAAGAGCAGGAGCAGCAACGUUAUGAUCAGCCACACAAAGCCUUCACUUACCGAAUGCAUGGCUUUGAGUCUGUGGUGGGACCAGUCAAGGGAGUUUUCGACAAGGAGACAUCACUCAAUAAAGCACGAGAGCACUCUUUACUGCGAUCAGACCGACCAGCCUAUGUCACCAUACUGUCUCUUGUGAGGGAUGCUGCUGCCAGGCUGCCUAAUGGAGAAGGUACCAGAGCGGAGAUCUGUGAAUUACUCAAGGACUCUCAGUUCCUAGCCCCUGAUGUCACCAGUGCACAGGUAAACACGGUGGUAAGUGGUGCCCUUGACCGUCUCCAUUACGAGAAAGAUCCUUGCGUGAAAUACGACAUCGGCCGCAAGCUGUGGAUCUACCUCCACAGGGACAGGUGCCAGGAGGAGUUUGAGAGGAUACACCAGGCCCAGGCAGCAGCUGCCAAAGCCAAGAAAGCUCUGCAACAGAAGCCAAAACCGGCACCCAAACCUAAGGCAGCCGGUAAGGAGCCAGGCAGUAAGAAUGGUUCUGCAGAGGUGGGUCAGAGCUCAGGAAGUGAAGGGGUCAACAAUGCAGCUGCCAGCUUACCCCAACCACCACCCACACCAAACACCCCCGGAACCCCCAAAUUGCCCCUACCUCCUACAGCAGCCACACCAACUAAAGUAGGCACACCAGAGCCUGUCAAAUCUAGUCCCAGUGUCCUGUUGGUGUCCCCUCCCUCCAUGCCUCAGUUAGGAACACUGCUGUCUGCCAGUCAGCCUGGUCCACAGGUGUCCCAGCAGGCCUCAGCUCAGCCUGCAACCCGGGUAGUGGCACACUCGGCUGCCUCUGGUUCUCUGCCUCAGGUGCGAGUAGUCACUGCCCAAUCUGGUCUUCCUGUCUCCUCUGCAGGACAGCCAACAACAUUAGUGCACCAGAGUCCUCAUCACAUCAGGGUGCCCGUCACUGUGGCCCAUGGCAAGAGCAUCACGCAGGCAGUGGUGACUGUUCCACUUAGAGGCCCAUCUGCAGGAAGUCCCAUUCAGGUGCAGGCUUCACAAGGUCAGGCCAGUCUGACUGUCGCAGGUCUUGCCUCGGCUGUCACGGUAACCAAACCUCAGACAAGAUCCCCCAUUAGCCCUGCUCACAACCCAGCAUCACCUGCAUUACUGCAGGGACUCAGCAGCCAGAAUAUUAUCAAACAGGUUGCCAUCACUGGCCAGUUAGGUGUAAAGACCCAGAGUGGGGCAAGAAUCCCUCUCACUGCCACUAAUCUACGCAUCCAGGGAAAGGAUGUACUCCGCCUGCCCCCCUCCUCAAUUACCACUGAUGCAAAAGGUCAAACAGUGCUCCGUAUCACUCCAGACAUGAUGGCCACCCUCACUAAAUCCCCAAUGGCCACCGUCAAACUCACCUCAGACAUGCUGACCAGUGCCACCAGCACAGGCAGCAAGAGCAUCUCUGCCACUCUACAUGUGUCUUCACCCCAGCCUUCACCCCCUGCCUCUAAGACUGCCCCACCCACUGCAUCUGAGACACUGGCUACCAAAGCAUCUGCCUCUCUAGGCACCACAGGCACUGCCACCUUAGUGAAAGUUCACCCGGAACUGAAGGCAGCCUGUGACACAGCCAUCCGCCUCAUGCCCGCCCUUGCUGUCACUAUGGCUGAACCCAAAGCCCGCACAUUCUCAACAGUCACAUCCUCAGACUCGAAAGCAGCAGGUACUACUAUUCGAAUAGUGCCAAACCUUGGUGUGAUCCCUCAGAAACAGGGUCAGACUGUCGCAAUUAGCACCAUCACCACAGCUGCAAAGCCUGUCACUGUGUCGUCAGGGGCAGCCACUGUUACCAUAGCAACCAGUGGAGUGGCAGGGGCCAAAGGCGUGGCACUUGGGCCUGCUGCCACAGGCUCUCCGCUCUCUCUGGGAACCACAGCAACCACAGUCAGACAAGUGCCGGUCAGUGCUACUGUAGUAGCCACACAAGCAGGAAAGAUUCCUACAAGGAUCACAGUCCCUCUAUCUGUCCUCAGUCAACCAUUGAAAAACAAGAGUGUGGUCACCACACCCAUAAUUAAGGGAAACAUAAGCACCAAUAUCAGCAGUCUGGGGAGAAACAUUAUCCUGACUACCAUGCCAGCAGGCACAAAGCUGAUUGCUGGGAACAAGCCUGUCAGCUUUGUAACUGCUCAACAGCUGCAGCAGCUCCAGCAGCAGGGGCAGGCCACACAGGUUCGAAUUCAGACGGUACCAGCUCAGCAGCUACAGCGCACGGUGGCCAGCUCUGCGAAAUCAACAGUAUCUACAGUGGUGGUCUCUACUGCACCCUCACCGAAAACAAACCCUGACCCCCAAUGAGUUGAGCAAGCAGCAGAGCCAUG